AUGAGGUUCCUCCUCCUCCUCCUUAUCCUCCACAUUUCCUACUCCUCCGCCGCAAGGGCCAUCUCGGAGCAUCGUGCGCUCAUGGCCGUUAAAUCCUCUAUUACCAAUGACCCUCGAUCUUACCUCUCCAACUGGAACGCAACUACUCCGCUUUGCUCAUUUACUGGUGUAACAUGCGAUCAUACUGGUCGUUAUGUGACAUCCAUCAACUUAACCAACUUCAACCUGUCGGGAACACUUUCGCCGUCAUUUUCCCACCUCCGUUUCCUUCGAAACCUCUCUGUCGCGGUCAACCAGCUUUCCGGUCCAAUCCCAAUGAAACUCUCUGCCCUCUCCGGUCUCCGUUACCUCAACCUUUCCUUCAAUGUUUUCAACGGUUCCUUCCCUACCCAACUUUCCCAGCUGAAAAACCUACAAGUCCUUGAUUUAUACGACAACAACAUGACUGGGGAGAUACCGGUUUCAGUCACGGAGCUUCCCAAUCUGCGAUACUUGCAUUUGGGUGGUAAUUAUUUCACUGGUCACAUCCCGUCAAGUUACGGCCUCUGGGAGCAUCUCGAAUAUUUGGCAGUAUCGGGCAACGAACUCAACGGAAAAAUCCCACCUGAAAUCGGCAACUUAACCAAGUUACAGCAGUUGUAUAUUGGUUAUUUCAAUACUUUCGAAGGUGGUUUGCCACGGGAGAUUGGAAACUUAUCGGAACUCGUUCGUUUCGAUGCCGCUCACUGCAGGUUAACUGGCGAAAUACCACCAGAGAUCGGCAAGCUGAAGAAGCUCGACACGCUGUUUCUCUACGCCAAUUUACUGUCCGGAUCCUUACCUCCGGAGCUGGGAACCUUAAAAAGCUUGAAAUCCAUGGGUCUAUCGGAAAAUAUACUAACGGGUGAGAUUCCGGAGAGUUUCGCUGAGCUCAGAAACUUGACUCUGCUCCAACUUUUUAGAAACAACCUACAGGGACAGAUUCCUGACAUUAUUGGUGAGUGGCCUGAGUUGGAGAUAUUACAGUUAUGGGGAAAUAACUUCACGGGAAGCAUUCCUCAGAAGCUGGGUAGCAACAAAAAGCUUAAGUUCUUCGAUCUUUCAGUAAAUCAGUUAAAGGGUCCCAUUCCUCCCGCUCUUGGAAACCUGACAUCCCUGACAGACAUUCUUCUUUUCGAUAACGAAUUGACAGGGUUUCAAAAAACGUUCCGAAAACACGAUUUCGUCCGUGAUAUAGCGGUUUCGUCGCCGUCUGAGUUACCCGCUACACCCGCAAUAGCGCCCGCGACGGCCGCAAUAACGCCCACGACGGCCGCAAUCACAGUAAACCUGAAAUAA